UUCAUCUCCUCCUUCAACAAGACACAGAUGAAGGCCGCGUCUGUUCUGCUGCUAGGUGCAAUGCUGAGUCUGACAAGAGGGGAAGGGGAAGAGGCCUGCGAGACGAUACCCUCCGAGAUACACCUCAUAAAGGAGGAGUUUGAUGAGUUGGGUCGUCUGCAGAGGACGUGUAACGGAGACGUCGCAGUCAACAAAUGUGAAGGAGCUUGCAACUCGCAGGUCCAGCCCAGCGUCAUCACACCUACAGGGUUCCUCAAGGAGUGCUACUGUUGUCGGGAGAGUUUCCUGCGAGAGCGUGUGAUAACGCUGACCCAUUGCUAUGACCCGGACGGGAUGAGGCUAACCUCCCAGGCACAAGCCUCCAUGGAGAUAAAGCUGCGAGAACCAGCUGACUGCAAGUGUUACAAGUGUGGGGACUACUCUCGCUGAACAGCUGAUUACAUUAAGCUUUGCCAACCGCUGUUAAACAAAUGUUUACUGUGUUAAAAAAUAUGUAGCAAAAAGAUUCUAUAUUUUAAAUACUUGAACUGUAACAAAAUGCUAAAGAAGAGGCUUAUUGAGUUUAACGAACAAUGUAGAAUAAAGAUAUAAAAAAAGACAUGUAUACAAACAAUAUUCUAAAUGAAUUGUGUCCAAGAAUAAAACUGAAAAGAAAGCAAAAAGAACAUGUAUACAAUAUUCUAAAUUAAUUGUGUCUAAGGCUGCGGCCACACGGGCCUUUUUUCAAGCACAAACGUAGCUUGACAACACGCGAAAAAUAUGAGCAGCAUUAAAUGUAAUGGGGAAUGCCUUACACAGUGUGUUUUCCUGCAGUAGCGGGCGCCUAUUUGUUUCAAUGCUACUCUGAUUUUCGUGUGUUUUCACGCUGCGUUUGUGCGUGAAAAAAAAAACGCCCGUGUGGCCGCAGCCUAAGAAAAACUAAACAUUUAUAUACAUCAAAUAGGUGAAUAAUAUACUCUCAUAAUUAAAAGAUUGUAAAAUAAAAAUCCAUAAGAAUUUUAGUAUCCUCUGUUUAAAGUUUACAAGUACGUCUACUUUCAUUUUUCCUACCCGCCGUUAAGAUUUUACCGAUUUUAGUUUUAGUAAACUAUAUUAUAGAUAAAGGAGGGUUAUGUGCAUUGUAUGUGUAAGCUAUAUAUGCUUAUAUAGACAUGUUUUGGUUGUUGGUUUCAAUUUACUUAGCAGCUAGUUUUACUUGUAUUUAAAAUGUUCCUAUUAUCAUAAUUUUACUAAACCGAGUUAUGUGUUUUUAUUUUUGAGUAAAAAAACUGAGAAAUCUACUAUUUUACUUGGAAAACCAAACUAUUUUCUUUUCAUUUUACCUUAAAAAUUCCAAAACACUUAUUGAAUCCACUUUUUAUAGAUUUACGAAUCUUAUG